GAUGCCCCGGCGGCGCCGGCGAAUCCCCGGAACAAGCGCUUCGCCGUCGCCUCUGCCUUGCUCGCCUCCAUGACGUCGAUAAUCUUGGGUUAUGAUAUUGGAGUGAUGAGUGGCGCGGCGAUAUUCAUAAAGGAGGAUCUCAAGAUAACUGACACGCAGAUUGAGAUUCUGCUGGGUAUCCUGAAUCUCUAUUCGCUGGUGGGUUCUUAUGCCGCCGGAUUCACCUCCGAUUGGAUUGGACGGCGGUACACUAUCGUGCUAGCCGCUGCCUUUUUCUUCGCCGGCGCCCUCCUCAUGGGUUUCGCCACGGGCUACGUAUUCCUUAUGGUAGGGCGGUUCGUGGCUGGCAUCGGCGUCGGAUACGCUCUUAUGAUCGCCCCUGUUUACACCGCCGAGGUGGCGCCUGCCUCCUCCCGCGGCUUCCUCACCUCCUUCCCGGAAGUCUUCAUCAACAUCGGCAUCCUCCUCGGCUACGUCUCCAACUUCGCCUUCUCUCAUCUUCGGACCUCCAUCGGGUGGCGAUUCAUGCUCGGCGUUGGCGCCAUCCCCUCUGUUUUCCUCACCGUCGGGGUGCUCGCGAUGCCCGAGUCCCCCCGCUGGCUCGUCUUGCGCGGCCGCCUCCGCGAGGCCAGCCGCGUCCUCAAGAUGAUCUCCGAUACCCCCGACGAGGCGAGGCUCCGCCUCGAGGAGAUCAAGGCCGCCGCUGGCAUUCCCGCCGAGUGCGACGACGAUUGCACCGUCCCCAAGGGCAGCGCCGACCUGGAGAAGGCGGUGUGGAAAGAGUUGCUGCUGCGGCCGACGCCAGCGGUGAGAAGGAUGCUUCUGACGGCGGUAGGGAUCCACUUCUUUCAGCAGGCAUCAGGGAUCGACUCGGUGGUGCUCUACAGCCCGCGGGUGUUCGAGAAGGCGGGAAUCCGCGAGAAAAACAAGCUGCUGGAGACGACGGUGGCAGUGGGGUUCACCAAGACGCUCUUCAUCUUGGUGGCGACCUUCCUGCUGGACCGGGUGGGGCGGAGGCCACUAUUGCUGGGGGGCACCGGCGGGAUGUUGUUCUCCCUGCUGGGGCUCGGCAUCGGGCUGACGUUGGUGGAUCACGGCCGGGAGGCCGCGGUGGGGCUGUGCGUUGCGUCGAUCCUCACCUACGUGGCGUUCUUCUCCAUCGGGAUGGGGCCCAUCACUUGGGUGUACGGGUCGGAGAUCUUGCCGCUGCGAGUGCGGGCGCAGGGCGCCAGCAUCGCGGUGGCGGUCAACCGGGUGACCAGCGGCAUCAUCACCAUGACCUUCAUCUCGCUGUACAAGGCCAUCACCAUCGGAGGAAGUUUCUUCCUGUACGCCGGCGUCGCGGCGGUCGCGUGGGUUUUCUUCUUCACCUGCUUGCCGGAAACGAGAGGGAGAACGCUGGAGGACAUUGAGAACUUGUUCGCGAUGGGGAAAGACAACGAGAAGGCGCCGGCAGAUGGGGAUGAGAUGCCGGCGGCGAACUCUACUAGUGCAAAUGCAACAGCCCAACGCUAG